CUGUGGACAGGCGUGGUCGUGGGCUGGUCCAGGAGCAGCGAGCGAUGGAACAAACAUCAGGGUCCCCUGGCUUGGCAUCAGCUGAGGCCCUGAACUAGUCUGACAAAGGAACCCGGUGUCGCAUCCCCACCGGGACCGAUCGAUCGCUAUUAACCACAUCUGCUUCUGUCUGAGGACGCGGUUCCGGGCCGUGGGCGUGCCGCACCCGCACAGACGACUCUGUCCCGAGGAUGCACUGAGUUACAGAGCCGUAUCACCAGCUAACUUCCUGUUACUGGCCGUGACGCUGCAUGUGAGCUCUGCUCAGGCUUCGUGUUCUGUGGCUCUGCACUUCCACCGGCCAGGGCCCCGAGGAAUACAGCAUCCUUAAUGUGAGGUUAUCCUCACCCCCUCCUAGCUGUAAGACACCCACUGCGAUACGUAGAAGAUGAGCAAGUCCCCCUCCCCCAAAGGCACCCCGGUGCAGGGCAGCCCCAGUGAUGAGGUCCCGGAGGGCCUCCAGUCUCCUCAGCAGUCCACAGCCAGCUCCGGACCCCAGCAUAAGAAACACAUCUCCAGCCUUCUUCAGAGUCCGUCGUUCAGGGAGGAGCUGGAUGUGCUGAUCCAGGAGCAGGCGAAGAAGGGGGGCAGCUCGUCCAACCUAUGGGCUCUGAGGCAGCUGGCUGAUUUCAUGGCCUCACAUGGCUCCCCCGCCGCUCUGCCCGCCUCCCCUUCUAACAUGAUGAUGGUGACACCCAUCAAUGACCUGCAGAGCUGGGAGCCGGGCAGCAUGGUGAAGGGGGAGAGGUUGAUGCGCUGCAAGCUGGCCAGUGUCCAUCGCCUGUUUGACCUGUAUGGCUGGGCCCAGAUCAGCCGCACCUGUCUCACUCUGCGUGUCAGUAAAGAACAGGAACACUUCCUGGUGCUUCCAGACGGCCUGGCGUACGGCGAGGUGACUGGAUCCAAUCUGGAAAAGGUGAACAUCCUGGGUGAGAUGGUGGAGAGGGGUAGCACCAACCUGGGCGUGGACACGGAGAAGUUCAGCCUGCACUCCGCCAUCUACUCGGCCCGGCCAGAUAUUCGCUGUCUGCUUCACCUCCACACGCCGGCCUCUGCUGCGGUUUCAGCAAUGAAGUGUGGCGUCCUGCCGCUGUCCCAUGAGGCUCUGCUGGUCGGUGAUGUGUCUUAUUUCAACUACAACGGGGUCAUGGAGGAUGAGGAGGACAGAGUGGAGCUGCAGAAGAGCCUAGGGCCGACCUGCAAGGUUCUGGUGCUGAGGAAUCACGGCAUCGUGGCUCUGGGGGAGUCUGUGGAGGAGGCUUUCUACUCCAUCUACCACAUCCAGGCCGCCUGCCAGAUCCAGGUGUCAGCUUUGUGCUGUGCCGGUGGGGAACAGAACCUGAUCCUGCUGGACCGGACCACCCAUAAACCCAAUGUAGCCGGCACUGUGGGCUGGGCUGGCUCCACCUUUGGACCCCUGCACAAGAGUCGCAUCGGGGAGCACGAGUUUGAGGCCCUCAUGAGAACCUUGGAUAAUUUGGGCUACCGUACAGGCUACGCCUACCGGUUCCCGGUCCUGCUGGAACGGACGCGGACGCGGAGGGAGGUGGAGGUGCCCGCAACCGCCACGGCUUUCCACCAGUUUGAUGACGAUGGAGUCCACCCGGCUCUGAGGCAGCAGCCGUUUGCUCAGCGCCAGCAGCAGGAGAGGACUCGAUGGCUCAACACUCCCAACACCUACCAAAAAGUCAGCCAGGAGCAAGCAAGCCCGGGACACCAGCGAACCACUUGGUUGAAAGAGGUGACGCAGGCCGGCAGCACGGCCAUCAAGAUGGAGAACCAAAACCAGUUUGUGCCUCUUUUCACCAACCCUCGAGAGGUGAUCGAGACACGAAACAAGAUCCGACAGCAGAAUCGUCAGGACAUGAAGACAGCCGGACCUCAGUCUCAAGUCCUCGCCGGCGUCAUAGCGGUGGACGGCCCUCCGUCUCCAGUCAGCCCACCAGAGCCAGAACCUCCUAACCCCUUCAACCAGCUGACAGACCAGGAGCUGGAGGAGUACCGCAAGGAGGUGCAGAAGAAACAGGAUGGAGGGACCAAUGGGGAGGAGGUGGCAAAUGAGGAGGAGUCUCCCCCCGCUACCUCCCCUACAAAGGGCCCUCCGGCCAGCCCCUCUCCUCUCUCAGAAGAGGCAAAGACCGACUCCCCCGCCGUACAGAAUGGAGGCGAAGAGGAGAAGCAGACCACAGAGGAACUGGAGAAAGGGAUGAAGGCUCUUUCAACCAACGACACCUCCUCCCCACCCGCCGCUCAGCCCCUGAUACCACAUGGCGACACCCCAGAGGGCUCGCCCUCCAAGUCCCCAACCAAGAAGAAAAAGAAGUUCAAGCCGCCGUCGUUCCUGAAAAAGAGCAAGAAGCAGAAAGAGAAAGCGGAGACCUGAGGCGUGCAGACGCACCUGACCUCGGUGAAAUACGGCUGUGAAACAGUUCUUUGUGUAUGACGGAGUAGCGGAUGAUUUAUCCACAUCAGACUUAGUCAAACAGUCAGUAAAGAUGUCGUUCAGAGACACUGAGGGUGUACUCAAUUGACUUGCAACUAUUUUACUGUAACACUGGUACUCACUGAUUUGAUUGAAGUGCUGGUUCGUCUUAGAAAACACUGACAAAUAUUUUCACAAACUAUUUGAUCCAGGUCAGAUACAAGCCAACAUGUUGAUGCUUCUUGUUUUUCACACACACACACACACACACACACACACACACACACACACACACACACACACACACACACACACACACACACACACACACACACACACACACCUACACACACACACACACACACACACACACACAGUCUUGUACACACACACACACACAGUCUUGUAUUACUUGCAUCUUAUGUUCACCUGCUGUGCUAUCAAACCAUUACUUAACUUCACUGUAGAGGCAUUCAAACCUGUUCCUUUCUGCACAUGUGAUGACUCGUGUGAUCUUGUGCACUUGCCGCUCAGAAUUUGUUUUAUACCUUUCUUUUUAUUUGAUCCACAAUAUUGCAAGACAUGGUGGCAAUUGAACUCCCCUUGAAUUAUGCACCACCUAUCCACAUAUAGGCACUUGAUAUUUGUAUAUUCACAUUCUAAUAUGUUGCAUUUUGAAUGAUCAUAAGCAUCUUCUAGUCAUGGUUUGGUUCUAAUUAUUAGAUAGAUGUUGCAGGUUUGCUAUGUGAGCACAGGUGCAGUACGUGUCGAAAUAUAUUGAUAACUACUUAUUGUGCUCUUCUGAAUGCUGGUUCUGUGUAAAACGAUCAGCCUAGUGAUGUUAUUACAGCAGGGAAGGACAAGGAAAAAGAAAGCAGGGAAAAUAUGUUGGCUCGCAACAAAACACAAGUCGCUAUUAAUGCCUCUAUUACCCAAAACAAUGUGUUGCUUGCCAAUGCAAGGUGAAACCCAGUAAAAGAAGAUACUAAUGAGACUAAACAUUCCGAUUUUUUCAUUUUCUUUUUAAUGUAUGUGUGCAAAAUACCUCCUAGCAGUUGUAAUUACUUUUUGUUUUAACCAGUAGCUGUUAUCAAAUUGCUGAUGUGAUGUUUGCUCAUGGUUUUAAUUUAUUUUAUAUUAGAAUGUAUAAGUGAGUGUUGCAAGGUUACCAUGUAUCAGUCAUUAAAGAUCAAGUUUGAUUUCAAACCAA